AUGGAAACGCUAUCAACUGUUCACUGUGCCAUUGCCGAGCUCUUCCUGACGGAUUUGUGCGAUACUUCGGGGGCUGAGCAGCGUUGUGAGGAAGCAGUUGAGCAAGCGAUGAGAUCCAACGCUCGAAGCGUGGAGGCUCAUCAGCUUCAGGCGUCACUGCGGCUCAGUCAGUCACGACCUGAGGAAGCACUACAGUCACUUCGACGCGCGGUUGAAUUAACACACUCUCUUAGUGAAGUGCACCAGCCAACGUAUGAAUCAAAGGUGGAGCUUGGCCGCCUGCUCAUGCAGGUAUCACCCCCAGACGCGUAUCGUUUCUUGCUUGAGGUCCUUCAUAUGGGUGAGAACAAUCCCUACAUUUGGUUCCUCCUUGGGGAAGCAGCGCGGCUUCGCCAACGUUACAUCGAUUCGGCUCGCCUACUCCGUCGUGCGCGUGUCUUGUUGACGCUCUCGGGCGGUGAUGCGGAUGCAUUGCAGGAGGUGGACACAGCCAUUGGUGUUUUAGUAGAGGAAAUGGGUGGUCCCGCGGCUGUGGAGCAGAUUCCCGACAUGGAUCAUCCAAAUCCCAUUGAACUUUUGCAACCAGAGGACGAUGAGGUGGUUGCUAAUGAUGACAACGGCGAUGAGGAGGGGGAUUUGGAUGAACCCGAGUGGGAGUCGUGCGAUGAGGGUGAUGAUGACAUCGCUUAA